CAGCAAAUUCCGUCAACAUAUAAUUUCCUGCAACGCCAUUGGUCCCUCUUCCGUGCACCAACCUUAACACGCCACGUGUUCUAAUACAUCUCGGUGUUUCUAGAUUUUGUUCAAUCAUAGCAGUAAUCUAUUUAUAUUCUCUCUCUUCCUUUUUAUUUUCCCAGUUUCUUCUUCACUGUCUUUCUCUCUCUAAAACAAAAAAAUAUAAAAACCGAAAAAACUUCACAAUUCCUGAAAAAAUAAUAAAUUAAAAAUGGGUGUUGGUAUGAAGCUUGCGCCAUUAAUUCUGGCAACUUUGAUCAUCUUUGCUGCUGAAGCUAAGAAGGCAUCAGACCCUUAUAAGGUACUAGGUGUUGAUCGGAAUGCCAGUCAACGUGAUAUUAAGAAGGCUUUCCACAAGCUUUCUUUACAAUAUCACCCUGACAAAAACAAGAAUAAAGGAGCUCAAGCAAAGUUCGAGGAGAUCAACAAUGCUUAUGAAAUUUUGUCUGACGAGGAAAAGAGGAAAAACUAUGACCUAUACGGUGAUGAGAAAGGUGGACCUUCCUUUGAUAGUGGGGGUGCAGGAGAUUAUGGUGGAUACACCCACUUCACGAGCGGAGGAUCAGGGGGGCAGUGGCAAAAUAUGGGUGGGGGUGGCCGAACUUUCUCCUUUUCCUUUGGUGGAUCUGGCGGUGGAAACCCAUUUGGUGGAUCUGGUGGUGGAAGUCCUUUUGGUUUUGGCCUCAAUGAUAUGUUUUCAAACCUUUUUGGUGGUAACAUGGGCAGUGGUUCUGGCUUUAGCGGUUCUGGUAGAUCAUCUGGAUCUACAUUUGGUGGUUCAGCUGGAUCACAAUCUGGGUUUAAGAGGCCCCCCAAGACUUGUCGUGCAGUAAGUUCACAGGUGUUUGAGAAAGAAAUAAAUGCUAAGGGUAUUACUUGGCUUCUGCUUUCUUAUACGCCCUCAAUGAUGUUGGCUCAGCAGUAUGAAUCUAUCUUGGAGGAGAUUGCUAAUUCAUUGAAGGGAGCUUUAAAAGUUGGUAAAAUUAAUUGUGAGACUGAAUCUUCUUUCUGUAAGAAUCAUGGAAUACAUCCUCGUCGAGUGCCUAGAUUAUUUGUUUAUUCCUACAUAACUAGUGAGAGUGGCUCCUUUGUCGAAUAUAAUGAUGAGUGGGAUGUGAAAAGCUUGAAAAGCUUUUGUCAGGAACAUUUGCCAAGGUUUUCGAGACGUGUUAGCCUGGCUGACUUUCAGCCUUCAUUUGGCGGUGCUGGGGAGAGAUUACCUCGAGUUAUGCUUCUCUCAACCAAAAAAGAUACACCAGUGAUUUGGCGUACUCUUAGCGGCUUGUAUCGCAAACAAUUUAUCUUUUAUGACGCACAGGUUCAUGAUGUUUCUGAUCCAGAGGUGAAAAGGUUAGGGGUUAAUGCACUUCCAGCUAUUGUGGGGUGGCUGUCAAACGGAGAAAAACACAUACUGAAAGCAGGAAUAUCUGUGAAAGAUCUAGAGUCUGCUGUUCAGGAACUUGGUCUCUUACUUGAUGGUUUUGAAAAGAAGAAUAAAAUUGCUUCAAGUCAGACUAAGAAGUCUGAGAGUGAACCUUCUAGCAAACAAGUACCACUAUUGACAGCAUCUAAUUUUCAUGCUCUUUGUGGAGAAGAUAGUCCUGUUUGCUUAAUUGGUGGUUUUAGAUCAUCAAAAGCUAGAGACAGACUCGAAUCAAUUCUAUCAGCGGUUUCACAGAAAUCAUUAUCAAGGAGAAGAAAUCUGUCAUCUGAAUCCAAAGAUUCCAUCUCCUACGCAAUGGUAGAUGCAAAGAAGCAGCAGUCUUUCUUGGAUGCUUUUGACAAAACUGGAUUCAGGUCGUCAAAUAGCUUCUUGGUGGCAUACAAACCUCGGAAAGGGAGGUACGCUGUGUAUACUGGAGAUCUUAAUGAGGAAGAAACUGAGAAGUUCAUUGGCUCGGUCCUCAGUGGUGAUGUACAAUUCAGCAAAACGCGGCAAAAACCAAUGAUCGUGUAGAAAGAUUGUGAUGUAGUAACUCUAGAAGAAUUGUAAAGUCAGUGUAUAGAGAAUGGAUUAAACAAGAAUGUUUAGAACAAAAUCACCCACUUAUACAGGGAGCGUGUAAUCAGAGUUUAGAGGGCUGGUUCGUUUUUGAGUAACUAGAUAGUCGAAAAAAUGGGUAAAAUAUGGGUCCUUUAUUGUACAUACUGGAAAAAAUGGAAUGACAUUUCAUAUGUAACUAGCUUUUGGACCCGUUCUAAGCACGGGUUGUGCAUAAGUUAUGAUUCAUA